AUGGGAAGCUUGUCACCGUUGGGGAAGAUAGGGGCAUCCAUGUCUUCUUUGAAAUAUGCACGAGAGAUUGUUAAGAUUGGUGACACAUACAAGUGGGGACGUGUCGUGGAAGUGAUUGAGAACAAGAAUAGGUCCAGUUUGGGAUUUGAGCAAGGGCCGUUUAAGAAAGAAGUCAAUGCUAUGCAACAGAUUUUCCAUAGUGGAGGGUUCAUUGACAAAGAAGAACAACACUCAGCUACGAUCAUUCAUGAAGAUGAAGACGAAGAAGAAGAAGAAGAUAGUGCCAAUUUUGUAACGCAUGGACAGAUUUGCAACAAUUGGGUUGUUGUUGAUGUUCUUGUUAUAAUUCAUCGUUUAAAGUCGAUUCUCAAACCCAUUGAAAACAUUGACCAUACUCCCUCAUCGAACUUUGAUUUCCAUGUGUUUGAAGCCGGAGAAGAGAAUGAUGAUGAAUACGUUUCUGAUAAGUUAUCACGUUUGCUUGAGCACGAGGAAAGAACCAUUCAGCCAUUUGAAGAAAAGAUUAAGUUUGUCAACUUGGGUUCCGAAGAUGAUAUCAAGGAGGUCAACAUUAGGUCACAGCUUCAUCCAGAGGGUAUAGUUUGCUUCAAAUGUGGUCAGGCUGGUCAUAAGAGUAAUGUAUGCACUGCUGAAGUAAAGAGGUGUUUUCGUUGUGGUAAGACUGGUCAUGCAAUAGCUGAUUGCAAGCACAAGGAAAUGAUUUGUUUUAAUUGUGGCGAAGAAGGGCAUAUUGGAAGUCAGUGUCAGAAGCCAAAGAAAUCUCAAACUGGAAAGGUGUUCGCAUUGACCGGAACUCAAACCUCCAGUGAGGACAGACUUAUCCGAGGUACAUGUUUCAUAAAUGGUACUCCUUUAAUUACUAUUAUUGAUACCGGUGCUACCCACUGUUUUAUUUCUGCUAACUGUGCUCGAAGACUGGGUUUAAAAUUGUCCGCUUUGGAUGGUGAGUUGAUUGUUGAGACCCCAGCUAAGGGAUCAAUAACUACUUCUUUGGUGUGUUUAAAAUGUCCUUUGUCGAUCUUCGAUAAAGAUUUCUAUGUUGAUUUAGUAUGUUUACCGUUGGAUGGGAUGGAUGUAAUUCUUGGUAUGAACUGGUUAGAGUAUAAUUAUGUUCAUAUAAAUUGUCAUCAUAAGUCGGUGAGGUUUUCCACUCCUGAAGAGGAAGGAGUUGACUUAUUACCUUUCAGAGAAUUGCGAAAAUUGGUGAAAGAGGGAGCUCAGAUGUUUUCUUUGAUGGCGACGUUGUCGGUUGAGAGUCAAGCUAAGGUUGAGGAACUGUUAGUGGUGAAAGAAUUCCCUGAAGUUUUUCCUGAUGAAAUUCCUAGUGUGCCGCCAGAGAGGGAAGUUGAAUUUACUAUUGAUCUGGUACCUGGUACUAGGCCUAUUUCGAUGGCACCGUAUAGAAUGUCGGCAUCUGAGUUACCAAGUGUGUCGCCGUGGGGAGCCCCAGUGUUGCUAGUAAAGAAGAAAGAUGGUAGUAUGAGGCUUUGUAUUGAUUAUAGACAAUUGAAUAAAGUAACGAUCAAGAAUAAGUAU